AUGUACAAUACAGUAGGACGUAAAGAUUACCGUACUGUACUGUUCCGGACGAACCUUUAUGUCUCGAUGAGUCAGCUACGUGAUAGCGAUACCGGUCGCGCUGUGAAUGUGUCCUUCCGAUUGAGCAGAAGUUACCAAGCAUUCUCCACUGAGCAUAGAGCUGCAGCAAAGACCCUCCAACCCCUCCCCCCCCGGUCCCCACUUGACCACUCACCCCAGCCAAGCUUGCCUGUUGAGUCUGAUCUGACUUACUCAUCCAGGUCAAAUCAUGAGAUCAUGGGUGAGGAGGGACAUCGGCAAUCAGGGCAAAAUAAGAUACUAGAAUUUCGACUCCAGAAUGUGAAUGACUUGGGCCCACCAGCAGCUCGUCAAGUCUUGAGUAGUCAUGCGGCGGACCAGACCAGUACUUCCUCCGAAGGCCAGCAAUCAAACGGAUCGGCCCAUCAAGCCGGAUCAAGGAACUUCGAGUUUGUGCUAGUGACCGACAAUGAAUCUCGGCGCCAGGUCCGACGUCAUGCUAUGCGCCAGUAUAUGCAUCAACGGCGCUUGGACAGUAUCGCUCGACUAGGAACGGCUCGCGUACCGGGAGGAGGUUGGUCUACCCGCUCUCCUCUCGACUUCCAGCCCUCAGCUUCGUCCUCUUCAACAGGGGCCGUGAAGGACGAUGCUCAAGAGGAUCUGACUGUCAAGUCAGAGAAGGCCUCGUCCCCAAGCAGCGAUGAGGAUAAAAAGACGCCGGAGAAGCCCAAGAGCUCUUCGCGCUUGCUCAUUCCGAAAUUGCACAAGGUCACACGCGAAGAUGCCUCGUUGCGUCCGGCCACAAAGUCUGGAUCAUCCAAUCCUCUGGUAAGCCCAGGGGAAGGGGCCGUUCGAGACCCCUUCAGCUGCUAUCCAAUUGCUAUUAGCCAGGCGGAUCAUGAACUGAUUCAACACUUCGUUGUGACCUAUCCAUCCAUGAUGUACAAGUUUGCCGACUCUAUCGCGAACAACCCAAUGAUGGAGAUUUUCCGACAGAUAGCGCUCCAUGACGGUCUUCCCUUCCAGGCUAUGCUUGCCAUUGCAUCCAAGCACCGUGCCGGUGUUGAGGGAAAGGCGGAGUCUGUGCAGAGCCUGACUCACAAGAUGCGAGCACUGAGGUUCAUGAACGAGCGUAUUCAAGGGGAUGCAACUGGGCAGCAUGACGGGACUAUCUAUGCUGUCGCCACAAUGGCUGUCAUCGAGAAAUGGUCCAAGGAUGCAUCUAUCGAGCGAAUGCAUUUCCGCGGAUUAUCGUCGAUGAUCAGGAAUCGAGGCGGAAUGCAUGGCAUGCGACUCACUAGCCCUUUCCUGGAGAAAGUGCUUUACUGGGUGGACUUCAGUUGCGCCCCUAAGGCGAUCAUCAGUACCUCGCUACCUUGGACAGGGACCGUUCCUGAUACAAUUCCUCCUCUCGACUUCUUGGACCCCAAUUUACAUCUUGCUGUUCCUCAUGAUGCUACUACCUCAGAGGAUGCCGAAAGUCUCUGUGCACAAUUUAGGGCAUGCGAAGAUUUCUUGCGGUUCUUUCGUCGCCUUCGCGAAUUGGAGGGCUUAUGCUUGAACUCUCCUUAUGCCGUCGUACCAGAGACCUUACCUCGUCGAAAAAAGCAUUUUCGUCCUGGCACCCAGCUCUACUCAAUCUUGACAACGCUGCCGGACUAUGACCACGGAAUUCGGGACAUCCGCUUCAUCGACGAAUAUACCUGCAUGUCUUGCCUCUUCUUCCUCACCGUCGCAUUAUACGACUGCUACCUGAACUCUCAUAACCUGGACGAGUAUCUCGACUGGCUCAGCCUCGAAGUCCGCAAUCUCAAUCCUUUCACAAAUCCCAGCAUUACAUCAGUUCUUUGGCUAUUUCUCAACAAUGGCGGUUAUCCUAAGAAUAGACCAGGUGACGCUGGAGAUCGAUGCUGGAUUGUCUCGCGGAUGGUCCGGAUCGCUAAACGACUCGAAUGGAAACGCCACGGAACCAUUUGGGACCGACUUCGCCAAGUACUGAUUGACUUCAUCGUCACACAGCAGGAAUGCGCGCUGGGUUCGGAUGAAAUUGACGCCGAAACGCACGUGGCUCGCGCGCGGAAGCGACUCAGUUACCAGACUCACUCGACGGACUACUUCUGGAAUGAGGUACAAAUGCGUGAAGAUAUUCUCGAACUCAAUUUGUCCUCAGUUACCUCCACGUCCACAAGUAUUGAAGACAACAAUGUACUUGCUUACACGUAAAAAUCAUUUGCUAUUUCUGCUUUUCGUCUUUAUGCAUAACAACCCCACCUCAAAUUAUAACACGCGAAGCAAAUCUUGCUUUGGGGGCUCGCUUUCGGUUUCCAUUUAAGCUAAUCUUACCUUUCACGACUUAUGAUGGAUGAGACAAUGGGACGUUCAUGGGCUAGGAUGGAUACGGAUAGACUGGCAAUUAAUGGAUCUCGUAUACAAGGAAGUUCGUUCGCUAUUGACAAACAAACCAUGACGAGCGCUUAUAUACACAGGGAUUCU